CUCAACAAAAACGUUCAAAUCUCAUUUUUUGCAGGUAAAAGUCCGGUCACCGCCGAGUCACCCGGUCAGAUGUCAAUUGUGCAUCCAAUGUGGCAAUUUAAGGGGUCAAAUAGGCCACUGAACUCGACAGAAUUGUUCAUGAUGGACAGUGUACCCGGGGGGUAGCUUAUCCGAGGGGUUAUUAUGAAAAUAACCUAGAGAGAAGUCAGAGCAAACAAGUAGGAGAGAGAGAGAGGCGAUUAUAUUAAUGAACUCGAGAUGUUCUUCUCUACAAUGGGAAAAGGGGGUGCUAUUUAUAGUAGCAAUAAAUGCGAUGAGAGUACACGUGUCAGUAAUCUAACGGCCGAGGGGUCACCUCAAUCGGGUGGCACUGGCAUUCGCAUGUGCGCCGCAUUGAAUGCGGUGGGUGGAUGUGACGUCGUAUUAAAUGCGGUGGUUGCUUGUCUCCAAAGGGAAUCUUCGAUGAUUGAGUUGGUGACUGAGGGCUCCCCCUGCGGCCGAGGGCCCCGUGUAGCCGAGGGCGUCGUACAGCCGAAGGCUUCCCAUACGCCGAAGGCACCAAAGUGCCGAAGGCUCCUGUUUUCUGCCAUUUUCUCCCAGUAACUUUGCAUGCUCAAAUCUGGCUGCCCUGUGUAAUUUGGAGCCUUCGACCAAGGAGGCCGAAGGCACCCCUAUGUGUAUCGUGGGCUUCUUGGCACUUGGGCCGCUGUAUUUGGGCCCUCGAUGUGUUUUGGGCUCAUUGGGCCUGUGCAGGAGAAGUAGGAGUCUGUGGGACGGGGGUCCCUGGGCCAUAUAAUCCUUCAGUUCAAUUUACCCCCUCAACCAUUAAAAAUUGUCAAAAAUGUUAUUACAAAAUAAAAAUUAAAAAAAUAUAAGAAUGUAAUAAUUUUUUUGGGUUUAUAUAAUUAGGAUGAAGUAUAGUAUAUAAUUCUAGAAUAAAAUAGUACGAAGUAUAACCAAACAUUCCAGCCCAACUGGUUGUGAGGUUACCGUGCCUAGCGAGAGGUCUCAAGUUCGAAACCCGCUAGGCACAUAAAGGUUUGAAACUCAAUAGAGUGAGUUUCAGCCUUGAUUACUCCAUGUUUCCCCAAGCCUCCCUCCCCUAAACCCCCCGGAGUAAAAAACAAAUAGUUCAAAGUAUAUAUACAUAUACAAAGUUUAUAUAAUUCGAAGUUUAUAUAUUUUUAAAAUAGUUUAUUUUUGUUUUACUUUUUUUAUAAAUUUAAUUUACCGCAAAACAUAAAUACUUUCUAAUUAUAUUAUAAAUAGAAAAAUGGCACCUAUAUAAAACUGACCUCUCACUCUUUUAAAACGUAUGACUAAUUUAAUUAUGGAAAUUUUCCCAUUUAAUACCGAGUAUCAGUUUUCUGUCCCAUGACCCAUCCCAAGUUCCAUCUUUUACGCUAUUGUUAUUUCUCUGACGUUUAUGGCUCUGUUUGCAACCACUUGUGCUUAAAUAAAAGCACUUUUUGGGAGAAAGUGAUUAGUAAAAGCUAGUAGUGUUUGGUAAAAUGAGUGCUUUUGUGUAAUAGAAAAAGUAAAAAGUAGAUUCUACACGAAAAUCGAGGAAGUAUAAGUUGAUAAUGUUUGGUAAAAUAAGUGUUUUUUCUUAAAAAAAAAGCCAAAAUCACUUUUUUUAAUUGAUUCCAAACAAGCCCUAUGCCAUCUUCUUCAUUCUUCUUCUGAAGCUUCCACGUAUACUUUCGUCACCAGUUCUUUCUUUUUGUUUAGCAAUCAGUAUCAUCGUUUCCAUUCAUUCAUUGACCUUUUAAAAAUCAUACAUGCUUGAUCCUUUCUUCCGCCCACGGGGCGGAUAUAGGAUUCACAUUCAAGUGGGGCCAAAAUUAUUUAAGAAAUGCAUAUUACAAAAAAAUGUCAUAAUGUAGUACUCUCUAAAAUACUCGGUAACAUUUAUUUAACAAAAUUUUUUUUCAUGUGCAAAUUAACAUCUGUUACAACAUAAAUAUCACAGAUAAAGACACAUAUUAUGAGAGUAAGAAUUAUUGUCAAAAUCAAAUACAUAAAACAGCUCAAUCUCAUAAACAUUUAACUAAUUUUAACCUAUCAAGCCAAAUAAAUUGAACUAAUUAAUUUUUUAGGCUAAUAUUCAAAAGCCCAAAAUGCCCCGUAUUAGCAUCAAGCUCAUUUAAUGAUUUCCAGGUUGUUGUAAUCGAUCGUAGCUAGGAGAUCUAAUUUAAAUAAUAAUUAUGUAUGAAGGAAUAAAGCAAAAUGGCUCACUAAACUGUCUGCGCUUCUUUGUUAUGAAGCAGUCAAUCCAUGCAAUUUUGGACACAAUUUUCACUAUGGGCCAUCCAGAAACAGUCUCUAUGUGAUUUAGUACAGGGGUAAGACUGCGUACAUCAAAAGAGAUUUACCCCAGUUGCCUUUGCGGCACUGGGGUAAAUGAAAAUGAUGAUGUAUGAAAGAAUAAUCUUUCUCUGUUUCCGGUGUGGGAUAAAGAGAUUUAAGGGUGGGAAAACUGAAAUUUUAAAACACAAGCUCUCCAUUACAAAAUUUAAAAAAAUCUUACCCUCGACAGGAUUCGAACUUAGGUUGUACAACUAGUUGUGCCUGCACACAACUGAAUCAAUUCCAUCUCGCCACCACAUUUUUUUGUAAACACCUUGACUUUCUUAAUUAUUACUACGGUAUAUUUUUUUGAGUAUGGGCCUGGGCCUUCCUUGGUCCUAAGGCAGAUCCCGCCCCUGCCGCCCACCACUUCUCCACAACUUAAUUACACAUAGAUAAAUUAUGUUUGGUACGUAAGGGACUCCAAUCCUUUUAGUGUAUUUCGUGUAAGUAAGGGACUCCAAUCCUUUUAGUGUAUUUCGUGUAAGCAUUAGCUUUGGGAAUACAAACUUUACAAGUUGAGUGCCAUAUACCACAACAAUGACUUGGGUAUUACAUUAGCAUGGUACGAAGAUUUUCCUAUAUGAGAACUCUUCCGGUAAGGUAUAUCUUAACGGAGCCGCCAUGCAGCCUCCAUGUUUUGAAGGCCUUCCCGGUGUAAUUUUUUGAUGAAAGUUUUUGAGCAUGUUCUUCAUCAAGUGUAGUACAUCCAUACCAAAUUUUCAGCAAAAAAUUCAAUCGGGAAGGCAGUCAAAUGAUUUUUGGAAGAUAAUUGCACCCUUUAUAUACAUAUAAAACGCAGUUAUCUUCCAAAAAUCGUUUGACUGUCUUUCCGAUUGAAUUUUUUGCCGAAACUUGGUAUGGAUGUACUAGACUUGAUGAAGAACAUGCUCAAACAAUUUCAUCGAAAAAUUCCACUGGAAAGGCCCUCAAAACGUGGAGGCCUCACAGCGGCUCUGGUAAGGUAUACCUUAUCAGAAGAUUUUCCUAUAUAUAUAUGUGUGUGUAUAUAUAUAUGUAUGUAUGUAUGUAUGUAUGUAUGUGUGUAUAUAUAUAUAUAUAUAUAGAGAGAGAGAGAGAGAGAGAGAGAGAACUUCAUGUCCAGCC